UCGUCUUCAAGCGACAGCAGAGUCCUACUUCGCGCCAAGUUGUUGCGUGAUUUUCCUGUUUUUCUGACACAAAACAAAUCUGAAAUCAAGUCGUGUGGAUACGUGUUUACAAUGGACAUCCGGCGUUUCUUUGCGCCAUCCGCAAAGACCUCAGCACAGAAAGCGGCUCAAAAUGGAGACAUCAGCACGAAGAGGAACCCUCUGUCUUCAGAUGAAGAGUUGAAAAAGAAGAAGGAGACAAAGAUGAAAAAAACACACAGAGACGUCUGUCCUAUGGUUAGUGAGAAGAAACGAAAAAAGCAUGCCGUCAUAGAAUCAGACUCAGACUCUGAGGAGCAAGGCAGGAAGUCCAAGAAGUCUUCCGAGAAGAAAGAGAAGAUCGGCAAGGCCACGCAAUCUCCCAAGAGAGAGCCUGUUCACUACGUCUCAGAAACAGACUCAGACAGUGAUAACUUUCAGUCCUUGAGGAUCUCCAAAACCAAGCAGAAUGGUGCCUCCCAAAAGACCAAUUCAGGUGUCAAAGAAGCUGCAAAGUCUCCUAUCAAGUCCUCUGUUCAGAUAAAAACUGCAACAAAAUCUCCCACCACGCCCGUCACUUCGAAGUCGGCCAAACAAAACCCCACUUCCGUGUUUGACUACUUUGGCACCGGAAGUGUUCAGCGCUCGAACAAGAAGCUGGUGGCCAGCACUAAACGGAAGACACCCACCCAGGACACAGAGGAGCUAAGUGAUGAGCAAAUUGCUCGACAGCUGCAACUGGUUGAGGAUGCUGAGCUGGAGAAGCAGGUCCAUGAAGAUGAGGAGUUUGCACAAACGCUGGCCAUGCUGGAUGCAGAGCCUCAGCCAAAGAAGGCUCGUAAACGCUCUGACGAUCAAGAGGAUGGUUACGCAUUACACAGGAAGAUGAAUGCCUCCAGCCCUUCAAAGACCAGCAGAAAAGGCAGCAUGUCAGAGGACGUGAUAUGUCCUUCACCCCAGAAGAGUGCUGUCCCAGUCAAGGCCAGUUCCAAACUGGCCAUGAUGAAGAAGAAGGAUGAGGAAAACGAGGAUGGAGCAAAGAGCAAAGUACCAAAAAAAUUGGAAGUCUCUCCCAUAAAGAAGCCACACAAUAUGUCAAGCAGCAAUAAGAUGCCCACAUCCAAAACAAGGACGGCACUUACUUCUCCCGCUAAACCAGCGAGUACAAGUCCUGAUGAGGCAGACAAGAAGAAGCUCAACGCUUCUGCUUACAGGAAUUACCUCAACAGAGACGGACCACGAGCUCUGGGGUCCAAAGAAAUCCCCACGGGAGCAGACAACUGUUUGGAGGGUUGUGUAUUUGUGCUGACGGGCGUCCUGGAGUCACUGGAGCGAGAUGACGCCAAAUCCCUCAUUGAACGCUACGGCGGCAAAGUGACAGGCAAUAUCAGCAAGAAGACAACCUACCUGGUGCAGGGCCGAGACAGCGGCGUCUCCAAGCUUGAGAAGGCAGAGAGUUUUGGUACCAAAAUCCUCAGUGAGGAUGAUCUGUUGGAGCUGAUUAGAACAAAACCAGGGAAGAAGUCCAAAUAUGAGAUUGCUGCUGAGGCUGAGAACAAAGCCUCCAAGACCAGGUCUCCCCCAGCCCGAACCCCAAAGUGCACCCCAAAAGCUGCAAAGAUCUCUCCCUCCAAAGGCACUUCCAAGUUCCCUGGCACCCCGAGCCCAACAAAGACUGGACAGGCAAUAGGCCACGGUGCCAAGACCAGAGAUGGAGCCACCCCAGCUGGGAGAGGCUCAGCUCAAACGGCCAGCAGGAACUUAGGCCUUUCCUCUUCCGCGGUCUCAUCUUCUAAUCAACAAUCUUCCAAAUCAGUAAAAGAGGAAGGAGCCAGUCUGCUGUGGGUGGACAAAUACCGACCAUGCUCUCUGAAGGCUGUGAUUGGCCAGCAAGGAGACCAGAGCUGCGCCAACAAGCUGCUGCGCUGGCUGCAAACCUGGCACAAAUAUCACAGCGCAAGUGCCUCCAAAGCACCAGUUGCUAGAUUUGGAAAAUUUGGGACAGGGAAAGAUGAUGGAUCUGGAUUCAAAGCUGCUCUGCUCUCUGGACCUCCGGGCGUGGGGAAGACCACCACAGCAGCUCUGGUUUGUGAGGAGUUGGGCUUCAGCUACGUGGAGAUGAAUGCAAGCUGCACACGCAGCAAAAACAACCUGAAGGAGGUGGUUGCAGAGUCCCUCAACAACACCAGCAUUGAGAGCUUCUACAAAGGUACUUCUCAGCGAGUGAGCAGUAAACACGUCUUGAUUAUGGACGAAGUGGAUGGCAUGGCGGGCAAUGAGGAUCGGGGUGGCAUCCAGGAAAUGAUCGGCCUCAUCAAAAAUUCCAAGAUUCCAAUUAUCUGCAUGUGCAACGAUCGGAACCACCAGAAGAUCCGAUCACUGGCCAAUUACUGCUUUGAUCUGCGCUUUCAGAGGCCGCGAGUGGAGCAGAUUAAGGGUGCUAUGAUGUCUAUCGCUUUCAAGGAGGGAAUCAAGAUUCCUCCUCCGGCACUCAAUGAAAUGAUCUUGGCAUCCAAUCAUGACAUAAGACAGGUGAUCCACAACCUGAGCAUGUGGUCGGCCAAAGGCAAGGUGAUGACGUACGACCAGUGCAAGUCUGAUGCUGCCAGUGCCCGCAAGGACAUGAAGAUGGGGCCCUUUGACGUCUGCCGGAAAGUGUUUGCCGCCGGCGAGGAGACGGCCAACAUGAGCCUCAUGGACAAGUCUGACCUCUUCUUCCACGACUACUCGCUAGCACCCCUCUUUGUCCAGGAGAACUACUUGCAUGUUCGACCUGCUGCUGCCCGCGGCGAUGCAAAGGCCCACCUUGUGUUGCUCAGCAAAACGGCCGACUCGAUCAGUGAUGGAGACCUGGUGGACAGACGCAUCCGCUCUGGACAGAACUGGUCUCUGUUACCCACCCAGGCCAUCUAUGCCAGUGUAAUCCCAGGUGAGCUCAUGAGAGGCUACAUGAGUCAUUUCCCCACUUUCCCCAGCUGGCUCGGCAAAAACUCGUCAGCAGGCAAGCAUUCUCGCAUCGUCCAGGAACUGGCCUCGCACAUGGCUUUGAAGACGAUGAGCAGCAGGCAGGCGGUGAACCUGGACUACCUUUACUACCUUCGCCAGACCCUGCUCAGCCCGCUCCAGAAGCUGGCAACAGAGGGCGCUAGCCAGGCGGUGCAGCUCCUGGACGAUUACCAGCUCAUCAAGGACGACGUGGACAGCAUGAUGGAGAUCAGCGUGUGGGGCGGACAGCCUGACCCCUACUCUAAAUUGGACUCGAAGGUGAAGGCAGCAUUCACUCGGGCCUACAACAAAGAGGUUCACCUGACGCCGUACUCCCUGCAAGCGGUUAAGAAAGGUCGGCGGGGAGGCGGCGGUGAUGAGUUUGACGUGGGUGUGGAGGACAAUCCGGUGUCUGAGAAUGAGGGGGAUAGCCUCAAUGCGGACGCGAUGAUCAAAAAGAAGACCAAAGAGUCAAAGAAGGAAAAGAGAGCGGAUUCUGCCAAAGGGAAAGGAAAGGGCAAAGCUAAAAAAUGACUGAUCAGCACAGGAUGACACAAAGCAACCAUGAAGAAUAUUGAUGUGCUGCUUUAUCCUGACCAUUUUUUUAAUCCUUCAGAGUAUUAUCAUGUCAGUACACCUCAUCACGAGUGUGUUUCCUCUAAAAUGUCCAAUUCAUGCAACUUCAGCAUCAAAGACUGUUGCAUUGCUCUACACUCCUCAUCAUCAUCAUCAUCAUCAUCUUGUAAAUUGAAAUGUAAAAUAGAGAGAUAUGCCAUUUGUGUGUGUUGUGUGUUUGUGGACAUGGUUUAUUUAGUAUGACCUUUUGUUUUCAAAGGUAAGCUAAUACAACACUUGCAGGUUGAUAUUUGGGACAGUACCAACUUAGGGCAGGGGUGAAGGCCUUCACAUUUAUGGAACUGUAAUUCUUCCAAACUAGAGGGACCAACACAUUACUCGUGAUGUAAUGCGGUAGCUUUUUAAGAUGAUACUUGACACUGAGAAAAGUAUUCAUUUAACAAUAUAUUUGUUUACAGUGGUAUAGACCUGUCAUACUGAUAUCUCUUAUACUGUAAAACUUGAGAACUGGGUUGCAGACAUGAUGACAACGUAAUUUUGAAUUCAGCUCAAAGUCAGAAGCAGCACCCAUUAAGGACAAAUAGACACAUCUUGUUGACAUGUUUGAUGUACACUAGAUCCCCAACUUACGAACACCCGACUAGCGAACAUUCGCAGAUACGAACACAAGCCUACUGGUCUAUAUUUGAUUUUAUUUUGCCUUGUAGUCGCUCAAUCAGUAUUUAUACUGCUACUGUACAUGCUUGACCAGUAGAGGGCACUGUGACACUGCUAAUGCAGCCUUAAGGCUAAUGAGACCAACACAGGAAGAGUUAGACUCAGGGGAGAUACAGUGGAAAGCUAAAUUGUACAACCCGGACAGAGCGUGUGAUUAAAGUUUAUGAAGAGUUAAUAGGCCUGCUUAAUUCGACACCACCCACAGAACACUACCUCUUUUAGAAGAGUCUAGACACGACGAUUUGUCCUUUUUUUUUUCAAUAACUCCUCCACCACCACCACAACGACGUAUGCUCGGCCACUCCUCUUCAAAGGUAAAUAACAUUUAUCAUUACAUAUUAUUAUAUCACUUUUAUUAGUUUUUUCGUUAAUUAUCCUCGUUUAAUAUUACUACUGCAUUCAAACUCAUAUUUACAUACAUACACAUAGACUGUAUAUGGGCCAGGCCAAGGGGAGGUUAACAUCUGUAGCAAAAUUUCAAACAUCUUUAACUGGCUUUCUAGAUGCCUUA